AAAAUCUCCAGGUCGAGAAAAUGGUCCCGAGGCUGCCGGUUCCCCUGGCCCUCAGGGAUGGAACCAAGGUCCCAGGGCGGGUUUUCUUUCCUAGGAAGUGGUUGCUGCGUUCUGAGGAGUUUCCCCCUUGGCAGCCCUGAGCUGGCAGUUCCGGUAGUGACUGCUGGGCCCUGCUGGACGGCGGUCGCAUGCAGCUCCUAUGAGGCCCCUGCCGCCGGUCGGCGAUGUCCGGCUGGAUCUGUCGCCUCCGCCGCCGCUGCUGCCGGUGCCGGUUGUGAGCGGGUCUCCAGUCGGCUCCUCCGGGCGUCUCAUGGCCUCUAGCAGCUCCCUGGUGCCCGACCGGCUGCGCCUGCCGCUCUGCUUCCUGGGUGUCUUUGUCUGCUAUUUUUACUAUGGGAUCCUGCAGGAAAAGAUAACAAGAGGAAAGUAUGGAGAGGGAGCCAAACAGGAGACGUUCACCUUUGCCUUAACUUUGGUCUUCAUUCAAUGUGUGAUCAAUGCUGUGUUUGCCAAGAUCUUGAUCCAGUUUUUUGACACUGCCAGGGUGGAUCGUACCCGGAGCUGGCUCUAUGCUGCCUGUUCUAUCUCCUAUCUGGGUGCCAUGGUCUCCAGCAACUCAGCACUACAGUUUGUCAACUACCCAACUCAGGUCCUUGGUAAAUCCUGCAAGCCAAUCCCAGUCAUGCUCCUUGGGGUGACCCUCUUGAAGAAGAAGUACCCAUUGGCCAAGUACCUGUGUGUGCUGCUAAUUGUGGCUGGAGUGGCCCUUUUCAUGUACAAACCCAAGAAAGUUGUUGGGAUAGAAGAACACACAGUCGGUUAUGGAGAGUUACUCCUGCUAUUAUCGCUGACCCUGGAUGGACUGACUGGUGUUUCCCAGGACCAUAUGCGGGCUCAUUACCAAACAGGCUCCAACCACAUGAUGCUGAACAUCAACCUUUGGUCGACGUUGCUGCUGGGAAUGGGAAUCCUGUUCACUGGCGAGCUCUGGGAGUUCUUGAGCUUUGCUGAAAGGUACCCUGCCAUCAUCUAUAACAUCCUGCUCUUUGGGCUGACCAGUGCCCUGGGUCAGAGCUUCAUCUUUAUGACGGUUGUGUAUUUUGGUCCCCUGACCUGCUCCAUCAUCACUACAACUCGAAAGUUCUUCACAAUUUUGGCCUCUGUGAUCCUCUUCGCCAAUCCCAUCAGCCCCGUGCAAUGGGUGGGCACUGUGCUUGUGUUCCUGGGUCUUGGUCUCGAUGCCAAGUUUGGGAAAGGAGCCAAGAAGACAUCCCACUAGGAAGAGAGAGACUACCUCCACAUCAAGAAUAUUUAAGUUAUUGUCUCAAACAGUGACAUCUCUUGGGAAAAUGGACUCAAUAGGAAUAUGGGACUGAGUUCCAGUCUUUUUUAAAAAAAUAAAAUCAAGCAAAAUCACAUAUUCUAAAAAAUGCACUUGGAUUUUAACAAGACAGAGUUGGUGGUUUUUGUUCUUCAUGUCCUGGAGCACAGUCUACGGUAAAUAAAGAGGGAGGGAAGAGGCAGAGCCGGAUGUUCAUUACUCAGGCUGCUCCUCUCGUGGGUGUGGUUAGCAUGGUUGAGUGGGUGAUUCCCCCAAGAGUCUGAGCAUUAUAGGGAGGAACUCUAUGAGAUUGCAGAAUUGUGCUAACGGCUUCUGUUCCGAUGGGUGAGGCUUGUCCCAUUAGAGCUGGUCCCAUUUGAGGACAGGUGGCUCUCCAUUAGAGCCAGAGAAUGUAAAAGUCACUUUCUCUCCUAAAGCUCCUGUGGGCAAAUAUUUCAUUAAAAAAAAAAAAAAAAGUUAUGUUCUGU